AUGUAUGAUCCACGACUGCCACCGAGAUCACGGCGUACGAUGUCAUUACGUGAGCUGGAAGGGCCUGUUGUUGGAUUGUCGCUUUUCUCAAAUGUUCCCGGUCAGUCAUCUGAAGGAGUUUUGAGGCUUGUUGCUGGUGCGAGAAAUGGCGAGGUGCACUUGUGGGAACCACGAAUGUUCAAGGAGCCAGUAGCAAGUUUCAAUGCAUGUGACGCAACAAAAGGCCGAAAACUGACAUGUAUGGAAGUACACACUCAUGGCCAGGUUGCUGUGAUUGGACCGCCAAAUGUUGGCAAAUCACUGCUAACAAACAGGCUUAUAAAAGCAGGUGUUGCUGCAGUAAGCUGUCAAAUGGAUACCACGCAAAGAAACCAGACAGCUAUCCUAACCGAAGGCACAACCCAACUGGUACUUGUGGACAGUCCUGGGACUGUUGGCAUUCGACAUGCCAGAGAAGUUGUCAAGAAUCCGGAUUCCCGAAUAUUAAGCGGUUUGUGUUUAAUUUAUAGCGGUCCAUUCUGGAUUUGUCUCUUUGCUUUAGCACUUUAUGCUGAUUUUAGAAGUUUGCCCACUAUCCUUUUCAGAAUUUUCAAAUGCUUUUUUUGUUUUUUAUUUUUUUAUUAUAGAAAUUAGAG